AUGAGAAUUGAUAAAACUUUUUCCUGGAUCCCGAAGAAAUUAGCCAACCUCGGCGAUCUUAACAUCACCGUGGUAGGAGGUACUGGCGGUCUAGGUAGAGCCAUUAGCAGAUCUUUUGCUGAUGCUGGGGCAAAUGUUACGGUUGUCGGCCAAACUUUUAGAGACGAAAAACAAAAAAAUAUCAAGUUUGUUAGGGCUGAUUUGAGCUCUAUUAAUGAAUCUCGAAAGGUUGCUCGAGAAUUGGAUGUUUCCUCAACACAUAUUCUUGUAUUCACAACGGGGAUCUUUGCUGCCUCAAAGAGACAAGAGACCAGUGAAGGCUUGGAACGUGAUAUGGCAGUAAGUUUCUUGAAUCGCAUGGUCAUGGUUCCUGAGCUUGUUCCAAGAAUGCACUCAAAGGAGAAUUUUUAUGGAUUCAUUCCAAGAGUCUUCAUCAUGGCCUACCCAGGUAGCAACCAAUUGGGGAACAUUGAUGACCUCAAUUCUGAAAAGAGUUAUGGUUCCAUGAAGACUCACAUGAAUACUGUUGCUGGUAACGAAGCCUUAGUCUACGACAGUGUUUCAAAGUACAAGAAUGUUCAUUUCUACGGAUUAAACCCUGGUCUAGUGAAGACAAACAUUAGGAAUAAUCUUUUUGGUGAAGGCUCUUGGACAUCCAAAAUCAUGGAAGGUUUAAUUGGAUGGUUCACUCAUACCCCUGAACAAUAUGCACUGGGUAUUUCUCCAUUGUUAAUUGCUAAGGAGUUAGAAGGGCUUAAUGGUGGAAUUUUUAACAAAAAUGGUGAGUCACUUUAUCCAUCAAAGGGAUUCACUCCAGAAUAUGCCUCUAAGUAUAUUAAGGCAUCUGAGGACUUGCUCAUUAGCAAGAAUUUAUUUUGA